GUGACCGUCUGUCUAUCCACUCUGUCACGUGACGCCCUGUUGACGGAAAUGCUGCAGGAAUGGCGAGAAACGAAGAAAAACAGCUGGGAAAACUGAACCGACUGUGGUUGCAGAAAGAGAGAGACGAGGGUCGAAUCAAAGAUGUCCAUGAGCCCAGACCAAAGCUUGCAACGUUAAAUUCAGCGGCAGCAGUAAAGAAGUGGAUGCCAAGCAUCAAGAAGGAGAUCAAGUACUAUCUGCAGCAGUCGCAGUUAUCUCACUACCCAGAGAGGAAAAUAGAGGAGUUCCGGUUGCAUAUUGAAGAACUAGAGAGAGAAUACAAACGCUACGUGAAGAAACUGCGCUCUCUAGAUCCUGCCUGCAAACACAAGCCCUGGGAGCCUCGAGCUUAUACCAAGAGGAGACGGGAGACUGUCAGUGGCCCAAACACAUCUAAGAAAACAUGCCUUGACACGCUUGUCAGAGAGGAGGAAGUUAAUGAGGACACGAACUCAGAAGAAAACCACACACUUCUGACUAACGUCCAACAGCUUUGCACACCGUCAGCCUCUGAACCACCAGACCAGGAUGCCCCGUUGUGUUUUGAUCAGUCCCGGCUGGCUGUGGCGGUGGCCAGUUCACGUGUGGCUUUGGCAGGGCAGCAACAGGACACAGGUACGCUGACUCGAGUGCUGUUCUGUGGCCUGCCAAACCUCCACAGCCUCCCGCUCGCACAGACUGCAGCACAGGAGAGAACACAGAAGCUUUCAGAUGCUGAAACACAACAGAGAAAAACAAGACAUUUACUGGGACUCGACUGCUACUCGUCAUCCUCAGAGGAGGAGAUUUAGCAGGCUCAAAUGCAUUUUUGUUUUUGUUAUGUUU